AAACGUGAGGGGGUUCCCCCAAAACACUCCCAGUGCACGUGGCUGGAGAAAGGGGUGGAGCGAACCUCUUUGUUAUCACGCUACUUAUACGGCUGUUGCGACAGAAAUAUCUAACUUUAUCUAGACCGGUAACUCUAACUUGGAACGGGCUUUCGCGUUCGGCUAGGACAUAGCCAGGAUAAACGAUGUUUUCCACGGCCACAAGAAACUUUGUGGAGGAGAUUGAUGAUGGCAGCUUGGUCCCUGUGUCCAGUCUGAUUGACUCAGACAAACUGGUCCCUCUCUCACUGAUUGUGAAACGAAAGCGUUUUUGGAUUUGGCAGAAACCCAAGUACCUGCCCACUGAUUUUACCCUCAGUGAUGUGCUGACUGGAGACACACCCUUAACCCCAGUUGUGGUCAAGACUGAUUUCCUAAAGUACCAAGGGACAUUUGGUGACAACAAAUCAGGAAACAUUGAGUCGAAUUUGGUUGCUGUAAACCUUAAAGUGGAGGGGAAAGACACAUCUAAACUCCAGUCGUCCUUCGGCAGCCUGAAGAAAGAGGAGGUGGAUGUACAGAAGUUGCUGCGCGACUCCAAAGACAAGCUUUUGGACAUGUCCCACUGUCUGAUCCAGCAGACCCGUGAGAAGUCCAGGGAGGUGUUUGCGGUGGUGAAGGAGAGGAUUGUGACGACCCAGCCGUGUUCGGUCAUAGAGGAGGUCCAGCAGGGGGGGCAGUUAGGGGAGCUGCUGAGCUUCUGUGGGCCCAAGAGCACCCAGGUGUCUGUAAAGGAGAACAGCAGCCUGCACAAAGACAGCAACGUGUCUCUGGAGAUUCCUGCCCACACCGUCAUCGCUUACGGCAUUAUAGAGCUGGAGAUCAAACUCAACGGACACUAUGAGCUGUGCCUAAUGUCCGACACUCUUGGGGGGUUCGAGGUGGAUGGGCCUGUUAAGAAGAGCUUAGUGGGGGUGUCUGGCGCUGGACGACACCCCAAAGAAGAGCUGCUUUCAGAGAGGGCAAAAUCUGACUGCAUGUGUGGGAAUGGAUGUGGGUUGGCAGACCCGCGAGCAACUGCGACCCCUCAGGAUGAGUUCAUAAAGUUCCCCGUCCCUGGUCUAGUGGUGCAAGGCGUCCCUGGUCCAGUGGUGCAAGGCGUCCCUGGUCCAGUGGUGCAAGGCGUCCCUGGUCCAGUGGUGCAAGGCGUUAGUGAACUGGACAAACUGAGGGGUCAUUUCCAGCUGCUGUCUGUCCUGCCAGCAGACACUCGUUCCUCUCUGCUCCAGCUCCUCAAGACAACCAUGGAGGACAGAGAGACAGUCAGUGUGCUGGAGAGUGUGCUGGACCAGAUGUGCACAGGGAAGACAGCUGACCUGGGGGAGGUUAAGGAAGUGUCUCAGAUGCAGACAGUCCAGGCCAUACUGAACCUUCUAGAGCAUUCGGACUCCAGCCCAACACACUCUGUCCUCAGUGAUUCCAGCCAGACACCAUCCCUCAGUGAUUCCAGCCAGACACCAUCCCUCAGUGAUUCCAGCCAGACACCAUCCCUCAGUGAUUCCAGCCAGACACCAUCCCUCAGUGAUUCCAGCCAGACACCAUCCCUCAGUGAUUCCAGCCAGACACCCACCCUCCUCAAUGCCACUCAUCUCAUUGUCAGUGCCAUGGAUGGAAUGACAGAUGAAGGUCUCUCUGUGUUGGGAUCCUGUUGCAGUCCUCCAGUCUUACAGGCCCUGCAGAUCCUGGUGCAGCAUGUGGCAGCAGGGAGUGGGGAGACCCUCUCUCUGAGAGAUGCAGGUCUGGCUGUUCUGACUGAGGAGGACGUGUAUCAGAGGACAGAGAGUCUCUUUGGUCACUCUGAAGUUACACUGAAGAGAGAGGAGGACACACUGAGGACAGAGAUGAAGGACCAGCCUGGAUACCUUCCUCUAGUCAUGAGUAUCACUGUGAAAGGCCUGGCCUCUUUAGUUUAA